UGCAGCGCAAGCCUCGCCUCGCCUCGCCUUGAGGAAGCCGAGGAGAGGACGGGCACGGCCACCGCAAAGCGAAAAGGGGAGGCAAGGCAGGCUCCCAGCGCAUCGCCGCCGACGCGGAGCACAACGCCGGCUGCAUCCUCCGCCCGCCCCGCCGGCCUCCACUCGUCUCCCGGUCCGCCGCUCCCGUCUUUCCUGGAGCAUGGAGAAUUCCAACUUGAGAGCCUCGGUGGACGAGGAAAUUGUCAUGAAGACAGGCAAGGUUGCAGGCAUUGGUUUAGCUGCUGGCAGUGUGUGGGGUGCACUAGUUUCUAUGCUGUAUGAUGGACCUCAGGUUGGAAGUAACAUCAAGUAUCCUCAACUGAUCAGAACUGGCAAGGUGUGUGGGCAUUAUGCAGCAAGCUUUGCAGUUAUUGGAGCUACAUAUAUUGGCGUCGAGAAGGCUCUUGAAAAGUACAGGAUGAAGAAAGACAUCUUUAAUGGUGUUGCUGCUGGUUUUGCUACUGGUGCUGUUAUGGGUUUCAGAGUUGGGAGCCCCCGGACCGCUUUCUUGUCAGGGUCUGCAAUCGCUUUGACUUCUGUACUGCUGGAUGUCACUGGUAUGAGAACUGCUGAUGAAGAAGAGAAAGGCCACCACUAGCCAUCCUGAAUGGAAGAGCAGUAUCCGUUUCAGAGGAGUUCCUUUACUGCUACAGACAUGCUAGUAGAAUAGUUUUAUCAUCAGCAACGAAGAGUUUCUUUCCAUCAAUAUAACCACACAAAAAGUAGUCUGUUCAUAUUAGAGGUAGUAGACUUGCAAUGGUCCCGAUCUAAACACAUGUUUGGAAAGUACUUUUCAGCAUUAUGUGCUAGUUGGUGCCCUGAAGUUUGAAUUGUAAAUCGAAGUCACUGAUUUGUCUGUUAAGGCAGCAUCAGAUUUUCCGUACUCUGCUGCAAAUUGCCCUCGUUCACAUUUUAUCCAAGUGGUGUAUGGCUUUGUCACUGGUGGUUUAAUCUGACAUAUUGUUCGUUUUU